AUGGCAGCGCCUGGUACACCCGUAGAUGGGGCUGAGGAGAUAAACCUCGCAGAAACGUUCGAAAAUGUCGAAGAUAUCAUGGCCCAGCUAGUCAGGAUCUCAGCUGCCAUCCGUGGGGCUAGCAUGGGGGCACGCUUUCAGAGGGCUGACGAAUCGUUUAGUCAGGAGCGCCAUACAGAGCUCAGGAGCCACUUGGAAUUCCUGGUUCAGGUUGCGUCCUUGGCCGAAGGGGAAAAAGCAGGGGGGAAUAUUGACAUCGUCUUAUCUCGGAACAUGACAGACAUUGCACAGCGGCUUAUAUUGGCUAAUCUGAUCAGGCGUCACCGGUUUCUCUAUGCUCGACGACGUUGGACGAAACAAGCAGCCGAGGACGAGGCCGCCGCGAAGCCACAGGUAGUGGUAGAGGACGCGACACUAUCAGAACAGAACCGCGGGUUAUGGACGUAUACCGUGACCCCGGAAAAUGGGGGUCAGGAAUCCAAGACGAAAUUGUCAGCACCUUCAGUUAUUACCAGCACCGUCCCGACAGCCAUACAAGGCCCAGUACAGAUACCACAAGGCAGGCAGUUAUCCAUGACUGUCCCAUCGUCGACCGGUUCAAAGGCCACGUACCCCAAACCCCCCAAAGUCGGCGAGGAUGCCAUGUUCUUCAGAUGCCCUUGCUGCUUCCAGACACUCCCUAUUACAUUUGCAAAGCGAUCUCGAUGGAGGAAACAUCUCGCGGAGGAUAUCCACCCUUAUACUUGCAUCUUGGAUGACUGCCCAAAACCACUCCAACUGUACCUCUCGAGGAAAGAAUGGACACAACACAUGCGAGAAGAACACGAAGUAUCCAAGUACUGGUUGUGCUCCGCCUGUCUUGAGCCGGUACGAUUCGAGCUCGAGAGCCACUUUUAUACGCAUCUCCAAACUCAGCAUCGGGAAGUUGUCCCCGAAGACCAAAUUCCCACCCUCGUGUCCAUGUCUACCUACUCAACACCGCCGUCGUUACUCUCCUGUCCGCUGUGCCCAUCGCAACCUGACGACGAAGAAGACGACCCCAGUGCUCUCCUAGACCAUGCUGCGGAACAUAUACACGCAUUCUCACUCCAAUCCCUCCCUUGGCCAAUUCUGGAGGAGGGUGAACGACAAUAUUUGGGGUUACCAGGAGAUAACCUCUCGGAUGACGUCGAAUUUUUCGACGUUGCCUCCGGCCCCGACAGCGCCGAUCACUCCUGGUCUUCCAACUCGCCAGAUAGCCGCCUCGAUGAUGAGAUGGGAGAAAUGUCAGACCUGACCUUCGAAGACGAGAACCCCGAUGUACCAUGGGAGCCAUACCGCGGUGAGGAAUCUGAGUUUUCAGACUCUCCUUCCGACGAGGUGCAUGAUGACAUCAUCAAAGACAAGGCCAUUCGUCUCGCUCAGGCGCUCAAAAACGAUCUCGACGUACCUUUCAGGGAACCGCUCAUCAACAUUCUCCCUACGCUGACGCAUGAGCAGAUGAUGGGGCUACGACGUGCGUAUAAAUUGCUCGUCAGGGCGGGGCGAGAGCGGAAGGGUGUAAAUAUUGCCAAACAUAUCCGUGUGCGACUCCAAAACUGGGACGAGGACCUCAUGGAGGCCUGCUACGCUACUGCGCUGGGCCGCUGGGAGUCAGAGGCGUACUGGGCGAAUAUCUGGCGCCAUGACGAAAACUCGAGAUACGAGCUGCUGAUUGAGGCGUUGAUGGGUCGAACGAAUGGCGAGAUUCGUUUGAUUAAGGGGGCCUUUCGCGAUAAGAAGUAUGGUAAUAGUCUCGCGCGUUGCCUACGUGGGGAACUGGUGGAGAGUAAGUUUAAGAAGGCCGUACUGAUGGUACUAGAGGAGACGCGUAUGGAGGAAAGGAACCAGGCGGGAGAACCGCUACGGAUUGACUAUCAUUUAGUUAAGGAUGAUGUCGAGAAGCUGAAUGCCAGUGUGCGAAGCGAGAAGGGUGGCGAGAGCCAAAUGAUAGCAAUCAUUACGCAACGGAGUGACAGCCAUUUAAGGGAGGUACUCAGGCUAUAUACGGAGACGUUUUCCGGGGCGAACUUAGCAAAGGAAGCCUUAAAGAAGAGUGGGAAUUUGGUUCCAUCCAAGCCUGGCGAUGGGCGGCGAAGGCUGCUGGUCUCGCGCCUUAUACGCUACCACUGGGAUGGCAGGUACAUGGCGAUCGUCCAGCGGGCAUACCGCCAGAAGUACGGCGAAGAUCUGAGGGAUACGGAUCUUGCCGCUCUCCGCGAGGAGAUGGAGCAAGGCAAUGGAAUCACAUCUGCAUUGUAG